UUGAACACCCUUACACAAAACUCACCAUAAGAAAUACUGUGCAACCGCGUUGUCUUCCAUUUUCGAAAAAUCGAAUUUUCGUUCGCAAUUGCACCUCGCAAGUUUCGAAGCCAUGGAUGAAGAAUCAGCUCGUCCCAUCAGAAUCAUGAACUUCGUCUCCGAAGAUCAAUUGCUAGAAUCGAAAAAAACAAGAGGCGAACGAGUUGAAGACGGUACUGCCCAUAGGGACAGACCUCUGUACGAGAUUCUAAAGGAGAAUAAGGACAAGAAGGAUGCUGAGUUUAAUGAAAGGUUCAAACAUAGACCUCCCAAAGCUUUAGAUGAAGAUGAGACUGAAUUUCUUGAUAGUUAUGAAGCAUCAAGAAAGGAGUAUGAGCGAAAAGUGGCAGAUGAGGAAGCCCAACAAUUACGUAGCUUUCAAGCGGCAAUAGCAGUGCAGUCCAACACUGUGAUUGAAAUUAAGGAAAAAGCCCCCGUGCUUGCAAUCCAGGAAGAAAAGCCUGCUGCUGGAAAGAAGAAUCCAGCCUCUCGCCCAUUAAGCAUGAUUAUAAAAGUUAAGCCUCAAGCUAAAAAAGCCAAGGUGGAUGAAGGAAAUACCGAAGAAGUUUCAAAAGCAGGGAUUACUUAUGUGAAUGAUAAGAGUAAGCCUUUAGAACCAGUACAACCAUUGAAUGGCAUAGCUGAUAAGUCAAACGAAGUUGGCCUAACUGGCCUUGUUUCGUAUAGUGAUGAAAGUGAUGAUGACUUGUAGUUUGAUAUCUGUAUGAUGAGAAGUUAUAUGAUUCUGGCUACUCAUAUGCCUAUUAUAGUAAAACUAGAUUUAUAGUUGAA